AGCAGAUAUAUGCAGAGUCUGUCGAUCUGAAGGAACUCCUGAGAAACCCCUGUAUCAUCCGUGUGUGUGUACCGGCAGUAUUAAAUUUAUUCAUCAGGAAUGCUUAGUUCAGUGGCUUAAACACAGCAGAAAAGAGUACUGUGAAUUAUGUAAGCACAGAUUUGCUUUCACACCAAUUUAUUCCCCAGAUAUGCCUUCACGGCUUCCAAUCCAAGACAUCUUUGCUGGACUGGUUACGAGUAUUGGCACAGCAAUACGAUACUGGUUUCAUUAUACACUUGUGGCCUUUGCGUGGUUGGGAGUAGUACCUCUUACUGCAUGUCGUAUCUACAAGUGCUUGUUUACUGGCUCUGUGAGCUCACUACUGACACUGCCAUUAGAUAUUCUGUCAACGGAGAACCUACUGGCUGACUGUUUGCAGGGCUGUUUCGUGGUAACAUGCACUCUGUGUGCAUUUAUCAGCCUUGUUUGGUUACGUGAACAGAUUGUCCACGGAGGAGCACCACAGUGGUUGGAACAAAAUCAGCAACAGCCACUCAAUGGUGGUGGUCAACAAAAUGAG